UCUUGUGAAAAAUAGUGAAAAUCUAACGAAAAAGUUAAUAACUAAAGAAAAUGUGUUGAAACAAUAAUAUAAAGUGUUAAUUAUUACGAAAUUAGUGCAAAAAAAACGGUAGAAUACAUUUAGCAAAAGGCUUGUGACGUUUAAUAAAAGCAAAAUUAAUGCUGUCUUUGGACGGACUGCACUAACACGCAUACACAAUACGUCCAAGAAGAAAAGUCAUUGCACGUCGUCUAGUGUUUUCUGCUUUUUUCGACGACAGCACGAAAUUUAUAUAUACAGCAUACAUAUACUUAUGUAUUAAAUAUAUAAGCAAUUAUUAACGUGUUAUAAUUAAACAUAUUGUUAAAUUAACAACCAAUUCCAGAGUGUAUUAAUUAAUUGAAGAUAUAAUGACCUCUAUAGUUAAAGUUAUACAACAUUAUCAACGUAGCAUUGAUAGCAGUCAAGACAAUGAGGCCAGGUUACUUCACUGCAUCAACAAACUCUACAAAUUGCCCAUUAAAGUUGAACACCUUCAAGAAACUGGUGUGGGUAAAACAGUAAAUUCUUUACGAAAGUUCAACGGUGAAAUAGGUGUAGCUGCUAAAACUUUGGUUACAAAAUGGAAGGCAAUGGUAGCGGCCGAAGAAGAGCCCAUGGACACAACGUCGCAAACAAAUGAGAGGGAAAAUCAUAAUGAUUCCAAUGGUGAUGACGCUGGCACAACACCACAUGACGAUGAAGAGGAUGAAAAUCAUAACCGGAAUAAUACUAGCCAGCAGCUAGAGCAAAGUAAGCAUCGCAGUGAAGACAAAAAAGACAGACAUAAAGAAAGACAUAAGGAUCACAGUAGUAGUAGUAGCAGUAAUGGACAUAAAGAUCACAGCAAACAGUCGACAUCCUCGUCAUCCCAUCACCACAAUACUGAGAAGACAUCAUCAAAACACUCAAAUGAAAAACAUAAAUCUUCAUCAUCGUCUUCGAAAGACAAAGAGAGUCAUCAUAAAAGCACCAGUAGCAACCUUAAGGACAAUGAUAGAGAAAAAGAGAUGACCGACCAUAAAAGUAGUAGAGAUAAGCAUAAAGAGCGAGAACAUGAUAAAGAAAAAGAACGUAGUGAUAAAAAGCGAGAUGAGAAAUCUAAAUCGGAUAAAGAACACAAACUGGAACUGCCCAACAACAGCGCUCAAUUAUCUCAUCACAAAAGUAGUAGUCAUACGAGCAGCUCUAAAUCUAAACAUGAAGAUAAACACAGCCAUUCAUCGUCGAAGGAAAAAGAGCGUUCGGAUAAACAUAAAAGCUCAUCAAAAGAUAAAGAACGAACAAAAAAUGAAAAAUCGUCAACUCACUCAUCAUCUUCAAAAGAUAAGCCUGAACAUAAAUCUUCUUCAACAUCAUCUACCUCGAAAUCCUCAACCAAAGACCCCGAUAGUGCCGAACGUAAAAGACGUCACAAUUCCGACAAUGAUUCCAACGAUUUUAAAUCCCCACAACCUAAAGUGGCUAAAGUACAUAAAUCCUCUUCCUCAACACCUGGCCAAACCAAAACGGAAUCUUCGCCACCCCAAGAGGCAGCAGAAGAAGAUGUAGUCGAUGAUAGUUUUGAUUCGUCAAUGGGUACCAAUUUUGAUGAUGUCUUGGGCAUGUUGAAUGUACCUGUCAAGAAAGGCAAAAAGUCAUCGAAAUCUCCCUCCACUCCCGCUAGCAGCAGUAGUACAAUUAAAAAGGAUACAACACCUCAUAGGCCAUCAACAAGUAGCAGUAGUAGUAGCAGCAGUUUUGCUAACAAAGUAAAUGGUACAAGAAUAGCAUUUACCUCCAAUAAUCCAUCAUCAUCAUACUCAACGCCAAGUACUUCAAAAGCCAGUACAAUGAAACCUGACUUAUUGGCGCCGACAGCCAAAUUGGAACCUUUAGAUCCUAGCAUUGCUUUAGAAUUACCCACAAUAUCCACCAAUUACAAGCCAAUGCCUCUCAAUCAAACAGUUAUGGAUUGUGUGUUUAAUAACUCGGCAGCUGCGUCCAGACCUGCACGCACUCUCACUGAUUUUGAAGCUAUAACUCAUGGUAUUUCAUCAAAAACAAUGAGAACUAAAAUUUACUCUGGCGUUCGAACUGGACAAACAUUUCAAGUACCCAGUUUAUUUGACAUGUGCAUAAGAAUAUUGCAAAAGAAUAUUGAUGCAUUGGAAUACACCGGCGGUGUGCCAUUUGAAGUUCUAAAGCCGGUCUUGGAACGUGCUACACCUCAUCAGUUGUAUGUCUUCGAAGAAUAUAAUCCCUAUCUAAUGGAAGACAGUGAUGUUUUAUGGCAGCAACAUGUUUCACGUAACUAUCGCACCAAGAAACGUCUUGAAAAUGAAUCGUGGAGAGAAAUGUUUAUUCGUUGUCAAGAGGAUGAAGAGCGUAGACUAAGUGUCCUAAAAGAUUCUAUAAAAGCAUCGCAAAAAAUUGCCGCCGCUCCUGUGCGAAAAACACAAUUAGCCUUUGUGGAUUCGAUGGUCAAACCGCCUCGCAAUGUUCUAAAGAAACAAGAACAAUACGGAACAAAAGCUAAAAUGGUGGCCACACCAGCAGCACGUGUUGCCUCGCUAUCUAGUGUAACACCGAACGCAGCUAGAACAGGAGAUCAAAGGCUUAGAGUAGCAGCCACAGUUCGAGAUCAUGCUCAAGUCUCCAAUUCAUCGAUUCGUAACAAAAAGGCGCCUCUUAUGCAAAAGACCCUACAAUUUAUACGGGGUCGUCAUAAGCGUUAAAUAAUGGAGAUUUUUAAAUAAGUUUUACUUAAGUCUCCUUUUUAGAUCAUUAUUAUAGACAUUUUUAAAACAAAACAAGUUAGCAACUUGUUAAUUUAUUAUAAUUAUUUAAAAUAUUUAUAGCGUGAUAAUUGCCUAUUUUUCAGAAAACAUAAUGCUCUUUAAAAUCUCUCAAAUCCUACUAAAUUGACACUUGUUUGUAAUGAAAACUGUUCGAAAUCGUAAACAACUUUAGAUUAUAUAUUUUGUUCCUUUUUAUUAAACUAAAACUCGGUAAAGAUUAUUUUCUUAGUUAAUAAAACAAAUUUAUUUAUUAAAUUUUAUUUAAUUUCAUUUCAUUUCUCAUUCUUCCACUAGCUGAAGAAACCACAAUCAAACAUCACUCUUUUCUACUAGGUUUUUGUGUUAAAUUAGCUAAUAAUAAAAGAAAUCUAAUCUUUAACUAUAUGAUAGAUACUCUUUGAUUUUUUAAUGCCUACAAUUCUUAAAAAUGUUAUUAAACAUUUUACAUACAUAUAACAGUUUUAAAUGGGCUGUGCAUAACAAUAGAAUUUAUAAACAUACAUGUUAUUUUUCCAUCAUUUUCGAUUUAAUUUUAUUGUCGUUAAAUACUAUUCAGGUACGUGGUAGAAAUAGAUCGAUUUGAAAAAAAAAAUGUGAUGAUGAUUUCAAGUAUGAUUUUUCAACUAGGUGGUUAUUAUUUUCUUGCAAAAUACAGCCAAUAAAUAUUAAGCAAUUUAGUAAACAAAUGUGUAACAAAUUAAUGGAAGAUGUCAAAUUGGAAUUUUAAACAACACACAAAACGAAAGUAAUAAAUUCAUCACAAUAUUUUUUUGGUUUUAAAACGAUUCGUUUUCUAAAUCGUUUUUUUUAUCACAUACCUGAUUGUUGUUUUUUUUAACAUAAACUUUGUAAAUGCAAUAGAAUUUGUGUAAAGAAAAUAAAGUAAAACUACAUAAAAUAAGUUCAAAUAAAGUUAAAGUCUCAAUCGUUUAGUAUUGAGCGAAAAAGAAAUAAGAAAUUCAUAAUAAAAAUCAAAUUAUUUAAAUAUAAAACAAAUUAAACAA